AUGUGGCGGCUGGCGCGGGCGCUGCCGCCGGGCGCGCGGGCCUGGGGGCUGGGGGCGGGCGGGCGGUUAACGGUCGCGGCGGCAUCGGCGGCGAACGGCGGCCCCGGCGCCUGGUACGAAUGGCUGUCGCAGUCGGCGCCCGUGCACUGGGCGGAGGACGGGUUGGUGGCGUUGCAGGCGGCCGCGGGGUUGCCGUGGUGGGCCGCCAUCGUCUGCGGCGCCGCCCUGCUCCGUACCGCCGUCACCUUGCCGCUGGCCGCCCACCAGAGCCGUCUCCUGGCCAAGUUGGAAAAUUUGCAGCCUGAGAUUAAAAAACUAGCUGAGCGUCUUCACUAUGAAGUUUCUGUUCGUGGAAAGCAACUGGGUUGGUCUGAAAAGGUGGCCAGGUUCCACUUUAAGAAAAACCUACAGAGGAUUAUUACAGAACUGUACGUUCGAGACAACUGCCAUCCCUUCAAGGCCACUUUGCUGGUGUGGGUACAGAUUCCAAUGUGGGUUUGCGUGUCCCUCGCUUUGCGCAACUGCAGUGUUGGUGCCAUGGACUCGGAAGUUCAAGAACAGUUUUCAUCAGGCGGAGCGUUAUGGUUUACAGACCUCACGGCACCAGAUUCUACAUGGAUUUUGCCAGUUUCGCUUGGGCUCGUGAAUUUGCUGAUAGUGGAGAUCUUUGCUUCACAAAAAAUGGAAGUUUCCAGGUUCCAGAAGUUUGCUACGAAUUUCUUUCGAGUGGUGUCAGUAGUAAUGAUCCCUGUUGCUGCAACAGUCCCCUCUUCCAUGGCGUUGUACUGGCUGUCCUCGAGCUUCGUGGGACUCUCGCACAACCUCUUGCUGCGUUCUCCCACCUUUCGUCGACUGUGUUGCAUACCAAGGACCAAAUCUGACUCGGAUACUCCUUACAGGGAUAUUGUGACUGCCUUGACUACCAAAUACAGUUUUAAGAAAUGAUGUCAUUUGAACUGUCGGAAGAGCUCUCCCACAAAUGUUGCAUGGGUAAUUAAGUAGUGCUAUUUUAUUGAGAGGUACUUAUUUACUGUAAAAUGCUGCGGCUGGAAUUAUAUUUAUUUUCCAAAUAAAGCAUUGACUGGG